CCAUUUUGAAAACGGAAGAAAGAUUGGUCUUUCAUGUUCCAUUAUCGGAAACUUGUCAAGUCUUGGCAAGUUAUUCUAUUCAUAUGGAUAGUGUUUACACUUUUCAUUGUUAUUUUCUAUGGUGAACUGAAUGAAAGACGAAAAAGUCGAAACUAUUUUUCUCAUGUGCAGAAAGGGUUGCCUUUGGUCCAUGAUAUAUUCUUUGGAGUCAUCACUUGUGAGAACUAUGCAGAAACCUAUGCAAAGGCUGUCUUCCAAACCUGGGGAAAGCUAGUCGAACCGUCCAUGUUGCGGUUUUUCAGUGACUCUCCUCACGCUACCAUACCAACCGUCGUCACACCCAAAAUCGAUAUCACUGGAGUAAAUAAAAAGUUAAAGACCAACUAUCAAAAGCGUGUGGCUCAUAAAGAGCGUUACUUUCGAGAGGAAAGUAAUAGGUCCUUACAAAUGUUUGCUUGGGCUUGGGACCACGUACCUCAAGCAAAAUGGUUUUAUAAAUGUGAUGAUGAUAGCUUUGUGAGAGUGGAGUUGUUACAAGAGAUAUUGAGACAGUUUGACCAUACCAAACCUCUGUAUAUAGGUUCCACUAGGAGGUUCCAAGGAAAACUUGUUCCUGUGUUAGAAAGGGACGCUUCUUGGACUAGGGAUAUUCAUUUGCGUUAUGCUAUGGGAGGUGCAGGAUAUGUAUUGAGUCGUGGGUUGUUAGAGAAAUGGAGACCUUGGAUGAAUCAAUGUAUUGUAUAUAAUGGAGAAGACAAAAAUAUUGCCAAAUGCAUUUUAGAUACUUUGCAUAUAGAACCAAUCAAUUUGCCUGGUUUGUGUUUUGUUCAUCCAGACAAAGUGGAUUCAGUAUCUAGAGAUAGUGUUAUUGCAUUUCAUCAGAUAAGGGGAAUGGAGGAUUCGAUGGAAUUAUUUCGAAGGUUUUAUUUAGAUAGAAAUAGAUAUGACUCUGGAGGAGAUGCGAUUCCCUAACUGUUUCAAUAAAACCACAAAA